AUGAUCAAGCCUCGGAUAUAUUAUCUCCAUAUCCGGUCAGAUAUCAAGUUCCGGUUUUCAACGACAUUGAUCACCAGCAAGGUCAUGAACCCUAGCGCGGUUGCCCAGGAAACAACAUUUCACGUCACUCUUCCGGACGAGGCUUUCAUAACCAAUUUCCAAAUGAAAGUCGAUGGAAGGAUGUAUCCAAGUCAAAUUGAUGAGAAGAGCAGCGCUGACACAAAGUACCAAAGGGCAAAGAAUGAAGGCCAAAGUGCAGGACAGGUUCGACAGAGGCCAAGGGAGACAAACAAGUUCCAUGUUGAUGUCAAUAUAGCAGCACAAAGCACAGUGGCAUUUAACCUUACGUACCAGAACCUCCUACGCCGUAACCACGGGACGUAUGAACACGUGCUCUACAUUGACCCUGGUCAGGUGGUCAAUGACCUCAGAGUAGAUAUAGCUAUACAAGAAUCACGUGCCAUUACCUCUAUUAAUGUUCCGCCACUACGAAAUGAUAUUAUUGAAGACUUUUCUGAUACAGGAAGAAAUGAGUUAGUGUCGAUCGACCGACCGACGCGAGAAACUGCUCGGGUACAUUACUACCCAACUGUGUUAGAUCAGCAACGCGCGUCUGAUAAAGGCUUAUCUGGCCUAUUUAUUGUGGAAUAUGACAUAGAGAGAAACUUUGAUGCAGGAGACGUUUUGGUCGUGAAUGGCUUUUUCGUCCACUUUUUUGCACCCACUGGCAUGGAUCCCAUACCAAAGGAUAUCCUUUUUGUUUUGGAUACGAGUUCGUCCAUGUUUGGAACCAAGAUCGCUCAGCUUCGUGAUGCUAUGCAUAUAAUUCUCAACGAUCUCCAUGAGAAAGACAGAUUCAACAUAAUAAAAUUUAGUACCAGAACUACUUUCUGGAGACCAGGGAAAGUUAUAUCGGCAACCCGCCAGAAUAUUGCAGAGGCGGUGGGAUAUGUGGCUAAAAUGACGUCAGCAGGAUGGACUAACAUAAACGAGGCUAUGACAUUUGGGAUCGAUUUCCUGAACAGUAUUGGUGAUGAUGGUAGUCGAGUAAAGCUGAUGGUAUUCCUCACCGACGGAUCACCAACCAAGGGGAUUGAGGACACGGACGUGAUUCUGGAGAACGUUAAGGCACGAAAUAUCGGCCAUAUUGCUAUUUUCACUCUGGCUUUCGGCGAAGACGCGGACUACGAGUUUGUGAAAAAAGUUGCACUUCAGAACAAUGGUGUUGCGAGGAAAAUUUAUGAAGAAUCAGAUGCCGUAUUGCAGAUUAGUGGUUUUUAUGAAGAAAUAUCUCGUGCUGCUUUGAAAAAUGUCACUUUUAAAUACCUUGGUGGUUCUACAAACCUGCAAAACAUAACAAAGAGUUCUUUUAGUUCCUUUUUUUCUGAUUCUGAACUAGUUGUGUCUGGUCGUAUAAAAAACACUGAUAUGAAAAUGUUGGGCCUUUCAGUAGAGGGAAGUGGCGUACAAGGGGACAUAUCUUUGGCCUUAACUGCUAGUAUACUGGAACACUCAACACCUUCAUUGUUUCCAAGUCUGAUGAGUCCGGAGGAUUUCGAGAAGAUCACAGAAAGAAUAUGGGCAUACGUUACCAUCAAACAGUUAUUGGACGAGGCAGUAGGGGAGCUUAACUCCACUGCUAUACACAGGGAAAAUGUUCGGCAGAAAAUCAUUGCUUUGUCAAUGAAGUACCAGUUUGUAACCCCUCUGACGUCACUGGUAGUCAUCAAGCCGGAAGAACGAGAAGUAGGCAAUUUACAAGAAGGAGAAGAUGCUGAACUUGUACUGAGACAAGUUGCACGAGAUAUGCCAUCUGUUACACCCGGUCCAUUUCCCGAAUAUAUCUGGAGAAGGAGGAAGCCGGGAUCGCGACUUAUUGCUACGCAAGGGAAGAGUAUAGCAGGGGGAGGAGGAGGUGAUCCCCAUUUUAUGAUACGUGUACAGGGAUUAGCUCACCCAGUGUGUUUUGAUAUCAUAGCCGAGCCGGGUAAUAUAUUACGUCUUCUAAAGGAUCCACAAAGAGGUUUCGUAGUCAAUGCCUUAAUUAUACCCGGUAUGAGAAAGAGAAAAGAUGGAAGGAUGCGAACCUAUUUUGGCAGAGUGGCACUCCUGGUCCACAAUAUAACGAUUAUGAUUGACCCUGCCAAUAUACAUGUAGGUAAAACGUCUCUGUCCUGGGAUGACGAACGACCGUCCUACGUCCGUAACCUACGAUUCUACAUUUUCACAGACGAUACAGAUACGCGUGUGUUACAUGUUGAUGUUGGGGACAGUGUUAAAAUAAGCAUUAAACGGCAUUUAGCCGUUGAUUCAACGCAAGUGAACUAUUUGAAUGUAUAUUUUAAUAAGGAGGAAGGAAUAUCGCGUCAUGCUGAAGGAGUGCUUGGACAAUUACACCACAAGAAAAUAAAGAUAAAAGACAUAUGGCUGAAUAAAAAAGGAGAAAAAAUUGGAAAAUUAAUAGUACAAGACAGUAGAACACGCUACAGAGUUAGAACUAGGCUGAAGAGUCGACAUGACGUCAUCGAUAGAUUCGAAGAAAUGUGUUGGACAGCGCAUACCAAAAUUCAAGGGCUUUUAACAGGCAACUAUUUCUGCAAGGGAUUGUACGAUCGUUAGUUUACACUGUGAUAUCAUAUAUAUGUAUUCGAAUGGUGCUAAGGUGGUAUUUGACGAGUUUCAUAUGCUGUUAAAAAGACUGGGAGAGUUCUUACAUUGUUUCACCGUACAGCAUCAUCGUAACAAUUAUGAUCAUUAAUCGUUUAUACUCAUUUUCAUUAUUCUCGGACUGAUAAACAUUGAGUAGACUUUAAUGUUUUUCAGCGACGUCUCACAGAACGAACAAUAUUAAACUGGA